GCGUUGCACGGGUAAGCCAGUCGCCUCGCGUCCGUUCGGCGGCGCGGACCGUUCCAAUUUCAAAUUUGCCUAUCGCGUCGUGUGUGUUUGUGUUUUUUUUUAUUUGUGCAUUCGUUUGUGCAAGGAUUUAAACGCAGUCGACCAAAGAACAAGAUUCCCGGCCGUGGAGUACACCGUCUCGCAUGAAAGUGAAAAGCUGACGAAAAUACUUUAAGGGGGAUUUCCCACACAAGAUGAGGGCGCUGCGGUGUUGUGUUCUUCUCGCUGUCUUCUCGUCUAUAGUCCACGCACAGUCACAAGAACCAAGCGACGAAACAGCAGAAGUGUCCACGAGCGCGCAAGACGAUGACGAACCCAAGGGGGCCUACAUGCGGGCGCCCUCGGGGGGUGUAGCUGUAAGGAGUGGGGAGGACGCCCUCCUCACGUGCGUGGUGAUGGGGGCGAGGGGCAAGCCGGUGCUGUGGAAGAGGGCCAGGGAUCUCCAGCUGCUAACGGCAGGAGGGGUCAGGGUCACGAGAGACGAGCGAGUCAGGGUGCUGCAUGAUGAUACUGAAGAACCCCUCCAAGGUCCUGGCAUCGCGAAGGGCGGCGACGUGUGGGCGCUGGUCAUCAAGUCGGUGAAGCCGUCAGACUCCGGCCUGUACAUGUGCGAGCUCAACACCGAACCCCCCGUCAGGAGCUUCCAUAGGUUAAAUGUAAUCUCAAGAGGACUCACACCACCAGAGAAUCAGAACUCGACGGACUCCUACUCCGCCAACACGCCAACCCUCUCAGCGACUGCCAUAUCUCACAAUUACACCAACUGCUGCAUCAGCUCCAACGUCUCCAAGGGCUGCCUGGGCUUCUGCAGCAUACAGACCAUUCUGGAAGGAACGGGACAAGAUCCCGAAGCUUGCCAACCAGAUUUUCCGGCUAUAGUCAAGUGCAUGGCGGACGGCCGGAACCACGUGCCGUGCUGCAUGCAGGAACACGUCCCGGACAUAUGCCAGGACGUCUGCCGCGGGGAAUUCACCCCUGUCACCGACAACAUAAAGACGCAUUACUCCUGCGCGACCUACAUGGAGAAAACUUUGGCGUGUAUCGUCGAAGGCAUCGAACUGCUUCCAAGUCCACCCGAAGACGUCGAAGUGGAUGCACUAAAUGAGAAGCAACUAAACGUAACCUGGAACCCACCCACACAGAACCUAGAUUCGGUCACCGAAUACGUAGUCAAUAUCACCGCUCUCAGGUCCUUUGAUGCCCACAUGAUGGAUACCUCUGAGAGCUCAUUGAAGAAUAACACGUCGAAGAUCAGCCAGCCAAUGGUGAUUAAGGUCCCAGCGAACAAAUCCUCGCUGAUUGUAAAUGAUCUCCUACCAUUCACGAUGUACGAAGUGACCGUCACGUCAUACAAUAUUCACGGAUCCAGCCUCCCCAGCUAUGCUAUCAGAACCUUAACGUUAACUCCUGGGAAGAUGAGGAACACGAAGGUGGCCGCGGCCCCGAAGCUGCCAGAUGUGAGGGGCUGCUGUGUGUCAGCUGGUGUCAACCACUUCGGUUGCGUGGACAAGCUCUGCGAUCCCACCAAGACCUUCGAAAUUGGGCUGCAGGUCACAGAUCUGAUGAUUUGCGCGCCCUGGGCCGGAGUGACCUUCGGGUGCCUGGCCAACGGCAUGGACCAUACCCCGUGCUGCCGCUCCCGGGGUCUACCAGACCCCUGCUUGCCGUUGUGCAGUGGAAACAUCACUACGCUGGACUUCAAUCACUUCAAGUGCUUACGCUUCAUGUCGUCCUACACCAACUGUCUUCUGCAAGGCUACGGUGUACUCCCUGGACCCCCAUCCAGACUCCACCUCACCAACAUCGACACUGACUACGCUAUAGUACAUUGGGCUCCUCCCGCAGCGUUGGCUGAUACUGUCCAGUAUUACAAUCUGCACUUCAAGUCGCUGCAGGCUGAGGACGAUUAUAGGACAAUGGAAAAGGUUCAAUCGCCCUACAUCCUUGAAGACCUAGAGUCUAACACUGACUACGAGAUCUACGUAGAGGCGGUCAAUGAACAUGGCGUCGGUGAGGCGUCACCCAGACUUAUAUUCAGAACAGAAAGCCAGGUCGUCGAAGAGAUAGAGGAAGCAGCGAACGCAUACAACAUGACGGCUUGUUGCGAGCGCGUGCAGCUGUCCGGAGUGUGUAUGCCGCUGUGCUCGUAUGAUGCCAAGAUGUCGGAUCUGCGGACCCUGGCACCGCUCUGCACGCAGGACUUCCAUAAGCUGCUGCGGUGUGGAGCUGGAGGUCGUAACCAUGAGCAGUGCUGCGCGCGUCGCGGCGUGAUCCCCGCAUGUCGCGGCGUCUGCUCCGGCGCGCCAUCCGCCGCGCUGCACACAUGUGUGCCGUAUAUUGGCAACAUCGUACAGUGCUUCGAGGAGGGCACUGGCCUCCUCCCUGGUCCUCCACGUGAGCUUCACGCUGUGGUGUCCCAUGACAAGGUAUUCCUGGACUGGUCCGCACCACAGGACGGCGCCAACUCCACCUCCUACGUGGUGCACUGGCAGAAGAUUGACAACAACACCCUGCCUUACGCCUACAAUAAUUUGCAGUUGGACAACAAGAAAAUAGUGAAGGAGACGAUGGCUCGCCUGGAAGGCCUGGACGUGAACAGCACUUACCACAUGUUCGUGGUGGCGCAGAACGAGCACGGUUCUUCCGUGCCGUCCAGCAUGCUGCUGCUUAAUGUAACUGAUGGUGACACAGAGAACAAGGAGGUGUCCGGUAUACCGUCACCGCCGCACUCGCUGUCCGUGUCGUCGCACUCCGCCACCUGGCUGACGCUGAGCUGGCAGCCGCCGCAGUUCUCGCUGCCCGACGAGAAGAUCACUUACACGCUAUUCUUUAAGAUUCCGAGUCAGUCCGGACAACAGAACAUCACGAAGAUAUCAACGACCGUCCCUGGACAUACCUUAGAGAAGCUGACACCCAACACGCAGUAUGUCGUGUGGGUAAAGGCGCACACGGUUGCUGGAGACUCCCUACCUUCGGAGACUCUGCUGGCCUGGACUGAUCCCGCUUACCCCGCGUUUGUUGAGGUAUUCGUUUCGCAGCCUCCAACGGUCAACCCUGUGAACUUAGUCGUGGAGGGAUCCAGUAUGACAAUACUCUGUAUUGCCAUGGGCACCCCUACACCAACUACAUCACUGUAUAUCUCUGGUCGGCUGGUCCGUCAAGAGGUGACUCGCCACAUGGUGACCGUGAUUCACAACGUCACGCGGGACAUGGACCAGAUCACAUGCUAUGGUGACAACGGCUACGGAACCCCCAUGCAGGCGUCGAGGAAGAUCAAUAUUUCACAUGUGCCAACAAUCCAAGCGUCAGGGAUCACCAUGGCUGCGGCUGGUGACUCCGUGAUACUGGAAUGCAGAGUGGAGGCGCUACCCAAACCCACCAUAGCCUUCUGGAGAGACCCCAACGGAAGAACUCCAGUUAUCGAUGGACCCAACUACUCGAUACAACUGGUUGCUGAUGCAGAUGAACAAACAAAAUAUACAAUGCGUCUCAUCAUAAAGAAGAUAACAGAAGCAGACGAGGGAGACUAUUUCUGUCACGCGGAGAAUGCGUUUGGCAAGACCCUCAGACCGGUGUCUGUCCGCUUAAGGUCCACCACACCCCACCACAACGUCACGGAGUGUUGUACUCAGAUGAACGUAUCGUCAUCGUGCAUAGACGCGUGCAGCUUCCACCUGGACAUGGACAACAUCAUGGACCGGCCCGAGUGUAUGAACGAUUUCGACAAGCUCAUGAAGUGUGCUGCUGAUGGAUCAGAUCACCGCGCGUGCUGCGCCUCCUGGGGCGUUCCUCGCAACUGUCUCGAGCUGUGUCGCGGCGGCACUGUCUCCCGAAGCUGCGCCCUGACGCACGCCCGUCGCGCCCUCGCCUGCUUCCGUGACGCGGGUGCCAAGCUGCCUGGACCGCCACAGAACCUGAAGGCACAUGCGGCGCCCACACCUAACUCAGUGCUGCUCAGCUGGGAGCCGCCUCGUAAGAACCCUCAAACGGUCUACCUGUACCGGGUGUUCUGGCGGGCGUACGGGGCCAAGGUCCCGGAGAAGCUGGACACCAGCGAGACCAGUGUGGUACUGACCGGCCUGCAGGAUGACGUGCGAUACGAGUGUGUGGUAAAGGCUGCUAAUGAUGUCGGUACAUCAACCCUCAGCGCGCCCAUAAUGUUCACGACGGCAGGCGAGGAGCCCGGCGCUGCCGCCGCGCCUCAGACGUCCGGCGCCGCGUCCGCAGUGGGAGUCGCGCUGGCCUGCAUACUGGUGUCAGCUAUACUGCUGGCCGCUGGACUUUAUUAUAGGCAUAGAAAGUUGCUGAAACUGAAGGCUCAGGGCGGAGUGGCGUUUGAGAACCCCAGCUACUUACGAGAACCCAACCCGGAGACUCCAGGAAACGGUACUCUCCCGAACGGCGCUGCUAACGGCAACGGCGUGUCCAACAGCGCAGCCUGGAGACAGGAGAUCCAGCCUGGCACCACCAUGCCGCAACGGGAAGUCGACCCGACGCUAUACGAGGAGCUGAAGCUCGGCCAAGAUGGCGCCGGCUUCAAGAGACUGAAGCCAUAGCGGUUCGCCUCGCCGCGCCGUAGCCCGCGCCUGACGCACCGCGUCGCGCCGGAGUGAGCGCGACGAUGUCCCGCUCGGACAUUAGCUAAUGACUAUAUGACAAGAGUGCGAAAGUCCAGGGCCUGAUUCUCAAGCAUCGAAUGCUAUGUAGAACGUAUCUCAAUCGCACGUAAGACAGCAUGUGCGAGAGAGAUAGCCGACGUUCGAAAAGACGUUCGACGCUUGAAAAUCGGACCCCAGUUUAGGUAAGACCACGCUGCGUUACCAGAGCUAAGUUAAGCAGAAAUGUGUGAGAACCAAUAGAAUCGCUUCAAUUCACUGACGUCGCUCAGCGCAGCGUUUCUAUUGGCUCUUACAAUAUUCCUCUUAGCUAAGCCUUGUUAGAACGCAGCCUUAGGACACGAGUGUUUCAAGUCCAGUUAGGUAAGACCCUAACCUUUUGUAUGAAUUAAAAUUUGUAUGGAUGUAGUUCAAUAGGUUUCAUAUUGUUAAUUUUGACGUCGAUAACGCCAUUGGUCCUUCGAGCCGGACUGGGAGCGUUUUUAGAGCCACACACGCAAGUUGGCAUUUGCAAUAAGUGAUACUAUCAUCAAUGUAAAUAAUGCCUAUCUGCCAACUCCUAAAAUCGCUCCGAAAUUGUAGGACAGUAAUUUUAGUCAAUAUAUUGACCGGGACAAAAGCAAUACAAAAUAGACCACGACUUAGGAUAUUGUGACAGUUUUUACCACACUUAUGUGAUGUUAACCAAAAAAAAUGUAAAUAAGUAGAUUUACUAUGAAUCUUAGUAAAAUCUAUUUUGGAAUUCUAAUUUCUUUUUUUUUCGUUUUAUUUCGUAAAAUGGAUUCUCACCAUUUUGUUUUUUUUUUAACUUGACAUAUUUUGCUUACUGUAAGACAUACAUUUUUAGUGUCGUGACGAAAAAAAACGAGGCGUCCAAUAUCAUAGUUCAACUGAUCCUAAACCUUCCAUUAUUAUUCAACAUAAAAAGAUAGAAAUUCAAGUACUAAGAUUCAUAGUAUAACUUUUUAGAGUA